AUAUUUGUGGCAGUGCGUGGGGUAAUGGAGUGUGAAGGACUCUGGCUUUCUGCUUUUGCUAGUUUCAACCAUCAGCUGAAGACAGCUGCAUUUCUGUCUGCUUUGCAGUUGGAUGAAGCCCAUAACCAGGCCCGGAAAUUGCAGAGGUCCCUGGAUGAGCAGACAGAACAUAGUGAGAAUCUCCAAGUGCAGCUGGAGCACCUGCAGUCCAGGCUACGCAGACAGCAGAAUACGCCGCUCUUUGGAAAGAUCCGAAGCUCCCGGUUUGGCCCCGAGGACCCUGGCGAUGGCACCAGCGACCUGGAUGAAGACGAAGACCUGCAGAUCCAGGUUCCCUAGUGCCCAAAGUGGUGGGGCCAUCAGACUGUGGCUGGAGGAGGCAGGAGGACGAGAUGGUUUGGAUUUUCUUCAGGCUGCAGCUAUACACAGCCAGCGCCAGGAAGGGAGCCAGGGAGGAGGUGAGCAUGAGGGCUGCUAGAACAAUGCGGAGGCGCUGGAGGAGGUGAGGUGAGAGGACCUGGAUGCCUGGGAGUGCCUAAAAACAGGUGAACACCAGAGGAAGGAGGAGUGUGGGGAGAAGGAGGAAGCUGGACGGCGAGCAAGUGAGAGAGCCGGGCAAAGCCGUCAGCUCUGGGGAGCGGCUCCUGGCUGCGGCAGGCUACACUAUGGCUACAAAUUUUAAUGACAUCGUCAAGCAGGGCUACGUGAAAAUGAAGAGCAGGAAACUGGGGAUCUAUCGGAGGUGCUGGCUGGUGUUCAGGAAAUCCUCCAGCAAAGGUCCCCAGCGACUGGAGAAGUACCCAGAUGAGAAGUCGGUGUGUCUGCGUGGAUGCCCAAAGGUCACGGAGAUCAGCAAUGUGAAGUGCAUCACACGGUUGCCGAAGGAGACCAAGAGGCAAGCUGUUGCCAUCAUAUUCACUGAUGACUCAGCCAGGACUUUCACCUGUGACUCAGAACUGGAGGCUGAGGAGUGGUACAAGACUCUGUCCAUUGAGUGCUUAGGAGCACGCCUCAAUGACAUCAGCCUGGGGGAACCAGAUCUCCUCGCACCAGGGGUGCAGUGUGAGCAGACGGACCGGUUUAACGUGUUCCUGCUGCCGUGUCCAAACCUGGAUGUCUACGGCGAGUGCAAGCUGCAGAUCACCCAUGAAAACAUCUACCUCUGGGAUAUGCACAACCCCCGAGUUAAGCUCGUCUCCUGGCCCCUGUGCUCCCUGCGUCGCUAUGGACGUGAUGCCACCAGGUUUACCUUUGAGGCUGGCCGAAAGAGGAGGAAAAACAUCUCUUCUCCACGCAGAUUACAGCCUACCCCCAGGGCCUUUGAACUGGUGUCACUGCAACCAAAGCUGCUUAUUUCUUCUGGCUGCAGUUCUUCAGGGAGCAAGCAUCCUGUCCUGUCUGCUCUGAUGUGUGAUGCAGGGGAGGGGCUGUACACCUUCCAGACCCAGGAAGGAGAGCAGAUUUACCAGCGUGUACACAGUGCCACCCUGGCUAUCGCAGAGCAACACAAGAGGGUUCUCUUGGAGAUGGAGAAGAACGUCCGGCUGCUGAACAAGGGCACAGAGCACUACUCCUACCCCUGCACGCCCACUACCAUGCUGCCGCGCAGCGCCUACUGGCACCACAUCACCGGCUCGCAGAACAUCGCAGAAUCCUCCAAUUAUGCUGGGGAAGCAUACUCGGGGGCCCAGGCCAGCUCGGACACUGACCUCUUGAAUAGGUUCAUCUUGCUGAAGCCAAAGCCCUCCAAAAGCGACAAAAAUGAGAGCAAAGAGUCUCAGUCUGCUUCUCAGUGAGUGACCCUUCUCUUGGAGAGACCAUGUUUAGUGGCCUGGCAUCAUGGGGAACGGGGGUGCUGAAGUUUAGGAGACAUGCAUUUUUUCCAGCACCCCCUCCCUUCUUUCCUGAGGGUGUUGAAGAUGUGGGAAUCCUCCCCCCGUCCUUGGAGAAGUUAAUGGAGCUCCUUGCCACAGGGAGAGAGAGAGUGAGAAAGCAAGACUUGCAUGGAAGCAGGUGCAUUCUCCUAUGCCAGGAGAUAGCCCCAGCUGUGCCAUUCUACCGGACUGCGUGUGAAGGGGCAACACUACGGAAGAAGAUGACUUGUUCUAUGUUUAACUAUUUUAUAAAUAUAUAUUGCUUAUACAUAUUCUAUAAUAAGAGACUUUCCUUCUCACGUGAAUUCAACUUCCUUAGUCACUGAAGAGACUUUGGGAAGACACUAGAAUUUUCUAAGUCUUUUGGGAGAGUCUGUCUUUUUUCAAGGUGGUGUCAUGGGGCCUCCCACAGUCAAAACAGCAUUUCUGCUACAAAGAAAUGCCCCACGAUUUCCUCAGCAUGGCUCCAUGUAGAACUGUUUUCUCAAGUGGCUGAGGGGUUCAGGGCAAUUGUUCAGUGGCAAAUGAGUGCUGCAGUGGUACUCCAAAUACUGGCAAGAAAGCAGAUGGUUCAGAAAGUCUCGUUCCCACUUGGCCUCUUGCUAAAGGGGCCAGAGGUACUCAAGCAUCCCACAUGCUUGUCUAAGUUGAAGAAAAGAGUUCCUUCCUGAACCCAUUAGAGCUUUUCCUUGGAGAGAGGAACAAGUACUCACAAGCCUAAGCAACAAGCUAAUUUUGCACUUCUUGAAGAUGAUAACACACACACCCACACAGGAGAAUUGUGAUGUCUCAGGAGAAACUGGUUUUCUUUCUGAACUGUGACUUCUGCACAAACUCUCCCCUGGCUUUUGGAGGGAAGAUUUUCACCUGGCUAUGGGAGGCUGGUUGAGCCCAUGGCCUGGGAGGUGUUUCACUUGAUUAUCUACAUGCCCUCUGUUCAGAUCCUAGUAACAGCUGCAGCAUGGCUUUCCCAUUUACAAGCCAGUUAUUUUUCCAUGCAAUGGGGUGUAUGUGAGGGCUGACUGGUUUUAGCACUGGCUGAGAACAAAACUGAUGCCCUCAGCAAGUGGGAAAGGCCAUGGAGUCAUCCUAGCUCCAGCAUUGUUUUUUACUGCCUAAAUCAAACUGCCCCAUCUAUCCGUUUGGCAGAGUCAACCUUUUAGGGAUGGCUUACUGCUGGAGGUAGGUCUACUUGAUCUCCCCAGGUUGGUCCAGUUCCACCUGGGGGCAUCCUGCCUGUUGUCACACCAAACUUGAAAUUCUACUGGCGGGAGACGACUGAUUGAUCAGAAAUACUCACCUUUCCAAGGCCCCUCGUCACUGUCACUUCCUUGUAGAUGCUGAUGGAGGAAGCCCCAUUUUCUUUCCAAUUACACAUCUAACUGUGUCUCAAAGCUAGUGUUCAGAGGGCUGCUUAUUAUCAGGAGGCCAAUUUUUUUUUUCCAGCCUAUACGCUCUCCUGCCUCAUUUGAUACCAGUGGGUAACUGAAAUGAGAAUCAGUGAAAUACCUUGCACACAGAAGUUGGUUUUAAUAUGAUAAACUCAAAAGCAAUUGAUUUUAUAGUUCUACUAUUUAUUGAAUACCUUUUAAGAAGGGCUAUCUUUUUAUUGCAGUACAAACUUUGGUGUUUCCUUUGCUGUUUGUCUUUUUUUAAAGAAAAGCUCAAGGGUACUGUUUCUUUGGGGUUGGGAGCUUCGCAACUGUAGGAACCUAUGGUCGAAUCACCUGUAAAUACUGUGUCUUGGUUCUGUGUAGAUGAUAUAUAAGAGGGUGGGGACCUUCCAACCAAAUCUGCUGGAAAAGUCCUAGGACCUGAUAGGACCAGCAACUGUCUAAAUUGCUGUUCCAAACACCACUAAGUGCAGUGCUCUUUCCCAGUGACAUUUAUCUGGAGCAACAGGAACCAGAUGAGUUCAGUCCUAGCCCACAUACUCUAUGGUACAGUGAGUAAGGUGAGUUAAUAUUUGUACUUUUUCACAGGCCAGAGAUGAUGUAACCUACUGUCAUUUCCUUGCCUAAACUUCAGUCUGGCUGUCACACGAUUGCCCUGGAUAUUAGUUUCCACUUUAGGCACUAGGGUAUAAUCUGUGCUUCAUUCAAACAACAGAAGAUGCAAUCCUCAGCUGCCAUAAGCAGCAUGACUCCCACGAUGUCACACCAAUAUAUGGCAGCUGGGGAUGUAGCCCUGUGCCUUUAAAAUACAAUUGAAGGGAGACUUUUUGUCUCUGAAGUGUAAAAGUCUUGGGCCAGUCUCCUGGUAGGAUAACCCAGAUGUUUGUUGGCAUGGAGACAGAAAGCUUAGAGCUGUAAAAAUGAGACAGGUAAAAGCUUGAACUGGAGCAAGAGGAAGCUAGGCUGUCUCAGGAUUACACAGUGCGCAGGUGAGUUAAGCCAGGAAAAGACAGGAUUUAGCAUUUAUUGCCAAAAAUGUUUUGUUUGGGUUUGUUUGUUUUUUUUAAAGGAAUUACUCAAUAAAUGAACCUUACUGUU